CUUCCGGUUCAUGACGAAUCGCGCGAGGUUCAUGUCUGACUGAGUUUAUCAGCAUUGCGUUUCUGAUAAACCUGCAACAAAUUCGGAUUAAAAGUGAUGGACGUUACCGAAGAAACAAACUACGGAUAUUUCAAAAGAAAGGAAUGGUACCAAUACCUCGUUAACUUUCCCCAAAGAACAGAGUCAGGAUGCUGCAGAGAGGUAAAUGUUUUGGUCAUCAGUGAGGUCACAGCCAGAUCCGUCUCCAUGAAACUGCGACGAACUUCGGUCCUUAAGAGACGACAGCAAACGGACUUGAAAGAAGGGGAAAGCAACAGGGUUUCAAGGCAUGGGUCCAUUGGCAAAAAGGCUACUUCCACCAGAACUGAGACCAGCUCUGUGCUGUUAUCAAGUGACACCGACCCUUGCCAGUCGGAUGGGAAUAUUAUUGAUCUCACUGUUGGGAAUAGAAAAGGAAUUGAACAAGGAGAGACUCGCGCGAUUGUAAAAUCGCAAGGAAACUCUUCGGGAAUGUGUCAGAAGAUCUCCCUGGCUUCAUCUGCAAUGGCCGAAGACACUUUAGGAAAACUCAGAGUGAUGAAUAACACAAAUGUGCCAGAGGCGAGAUCUAGUAACCCUCUUGUAUCAGAAAGAGAGGACGUUGAAGAAUGUGUUCCCGCAUUGGAUGAAUUCAGCGCUGAGUUUACCGUGGAGUCGGGUCCCAGCUCUCCAAAUCUUGAUGUUAAUACCGCAAAGUGCAGAGAAUGCGAAAGGCUUUUCUCCAAGAUGAGAAGACAGACACCUUCAAAAACGAAAAACAGAGACAAGAAUCCAGCAUCUUUGUCCUGUGACCACUGGGUUCUUCUUAAGAAGUGGCACCCUCAGCGAGGUCGGCAUAGGAAGAGGGGGCUAUUGUGGACCAGCCUAAGCCAGAUCAGAAAGCUGCCGGUACAUGGCUACGAUUCUGCAGAGAGAAACAGAACUCAAACUUUCUGCUCCAGACCUCAUGUGUUUCAGAAGCGGAACUUGAGACGUUGCAAAUAUUUGGCCUCCAUUCAGACUGACCCAUCCUUGACCAAAGUAAAGCCACGGCAGCGUAAGAAACACCGAGCUGCACUCUGGCCGAACAUCAGUGGGACGAAACCAGCUAAAAGGAAGCCUUCCAUGAACAACACUUUAUCCCAGCAGCGUUUUUCACCCAAGCUUAGCAUCAGUAUUAGACACAAAGAUAAACCACAACCUAAUGAUAGCUCAAGAUUGGACACAAGUUUGAGGCAGAAGUCCAAACAGAAGAGGAAAGAUUUUCAGGACAGAUCUGACAAGCAGGAAGCAUGCGAUGGCAUAGAGGGAACACGACGGGUGCUAAAGUUUGAUGACAUGCCUGAAGUCGUUGCCGUGGAUACUGCAGAACAGAGCCGGGGCCCUCAGCGACAGCUUGAAAGUGGAGAGAUUUGUGAAGCUCAAAAUUGUGUCGAGACCAAGGACUCGGAUGGCCUGCAGGAGGAGUUGUUUGAAGAUUCGGAUGAUUUUAAGACACCGUCAGAUCUGUUCAGCUUGAACCCUAAGAUUAAAAGAGGGGGCCAAAAAACAGUCCCAGUCUCCGGUGAGACCAAACCUACCAAAACCUCUUCUACAGCAAACUUCAGGUCCAUGUUAGCCACUAUGGUGAAGAAUCAGAACAAGAUUAUUAAAGAAACCUUUCAGUGAUUUCUUUCUGCGAGAGUAUUUUUGCAAGUAAGCAUUGAGGCCUAGAAAUGGCUUGGUUUUGUGAAGAGGUCUGCACAGAUUUGCUCUGUUUUUGAUCAGUUUGCAAUAAUAAUUCUAAUCUUUAAACGAUUUAGUGAAUAUUUAUUGUAUUGUUACGUUACUUCUGUUCUGCAAUUUCAUUUGCAUCUGUAAAUAAUAAAUCGUG